CAGGUUGGCGACGGCUGCGGCGGCAGCGGCCGGGGUGGGACGCUCGCGGCUCGCUGUCUGCAGGUCUCGCACUUUCUUGCUCCCGCGCGGCUUCUUCUCGCCUCGGCCAGGGAGCGGCAGCUGGCAGGGCUCCGCCUGGAAACUCGAGGGGCCCCGCGUCGGGACCUCGGGGAGCCGUCGCCGCGCGGCGCGGGUCGCACCGGACGCCAUGGGCGCGCGGACCUGGCGCGCGGGCUGGCGCUGGCUCUUCCUCGCGGCGGUCCUGGGGUCCGCCCGGAGCGAGGGCGUGCAGAGCUGCGAAGAAGUUCGCAAACUUUUCCAGGGGCGGCUCGCGGGAGCGCUCAGGGGGCUGCCGGACGCGCCGCGGGCAGGACCUGAUCUUCAGGUUUGCAUAUCCAAAAAACCAACAUGCUGCACCAGGAAGAUGGAGGAGAGAUAUCAAGUUGCAGCUCGCCAAGAUCUGCAGCAGGUGCUUCAGACAUCCAGCUCGCCACUAAAGCUGCUCAUAUCUCGAAAUGCAGCCACUUUUCAAGAAACCCUUGAAACUCUCAUCAGACAAGCAGAAAACUAUACCAGCAUACUUUUCUGCAACACCUACAGGAACAUGGCCUUAGAAGCUGCUACUUCUGUUCAAGAGUUCUUCACGGAUGUGGGACUCUACUUAUUUGGGGCAGAUGUCAAUCCUGAAGAAUUUGUGAACAGAUUUUUUGACAGUCUUUUCCCUCUGGUCUACAACCAUCUCAUUAAUCCUGGUGUGACUGACAAUUCCCUGGAAUAUGCAGAGUGCAUCCGCGUGGCUCGGCAGGAUGUUAGUCCCUUUGGCAAUAUUCCCAAAAGAGUGAUGGGGCAGAUGGGGAGGUCGCUGCUGCCCAGCCGCACGUUUCUGCAGGCACUCAAUCUGGCCAUUGAAGUCAUUAACACCACAGACCAUCUCCAGUUCUCCAAAGAGUGCAGCAGAGCCCUCUUGAAGAUGCAGUACUGCCCGCACUGCCAGGGCCUGACUCUCAGUAAGCCGUGUAUGGGGUACUGCCUUAAUGUGGCCAGGGGCUGCCUGGCCCACAUGGCCGAGCUUAAUCCACACUGGCAUACAUACAUCCGGGCCUUGGAAGAGCUGUCAAAUGCGAUGCACGGCACUUACGACGUAGAACAUGUGCUCCUGAACUUCCACUUGCUGGUUAAUGACGCCAUGUUGCAGGCUCACGUCAAUGGACACAAGUUAUUGGAACAGGUGAAUAAGAUUUGUGGCCAUCCAGUAAGAACACCCACACAAAGCCCUCCUUGUUCUUUUGAUCCAAAUAAAGAGAAGCACGGAAUGAAGAUCUCUGUAAGGAACGGCGAAGAGACGCUUGCCAACAGAAGAAAAGAUUUUAUCAACAGCCUCAGACCAUACAGGUCGUUCUAUGGCGGCCUGGCCGAUCAGCUUUGCGUUACGGAACUGGCUGCUGCCUCCGGGCUGCCCUGCUGGAACGGCGAGGACCUGGUACAAAGCUAUACUCAGCGUGUGGUUGGAAAUGGAAUCAAAGCCCAGUCUGGAAAUCCUGAGGUGAAAGUCAGAGGUUCUGAUGCAGUAAUAAAUCAGAUAAUUGAUAAAUUAAAGCAUGUAAUACAGUUGUUACAAGGGAGGUCGCCCAAGCCUGACAAGUGGGAGCUUCCUGCGUUGGGCAGUGGAGGCGGAGUGGCGGAGCAGGUCAGCGGGGACUGCGACGAUGAAGACGGGUGUGAGGGAUCUGGCAGUGGAGAAGUCAAGAGGACGGUGAAAAUCUCACGCUGGAUGCCAGAUGACCUGAACCUCAGCGACGUGAAACAUGUCCACCAGCCUGAUGGUGGCAGCAUUCUGGACACAGCUGGUGCAAGACGUGCAGCAGGGGCUGACCCUGUGGCACUCACACUGAUGGGUGUGCUCGUGACCAUCGCUGUGCUGUGGUGAUGGAACUCUUCUCUUCUGAAAUAGCGUAUUGGAGGCUUCUUUCUCCCUUCUCUUCCUAUCCCUGGAAAACAAGAGACCUUUUUGAAUAUAGUAAUUAUAUUUAUGAAAAGGUAUGUCACACUAACUUCUUAGAAGAAGCCUUGUUGGAAGAUUCACAAAGUACUUGAAAAACUCAACCCUGAAAUAAUAGACUGUUUUAAAAUAGUAUCUUCUUUUAAUCUAAUUUAAACCUGCCUAAAUUCUAACAUAUUAAAUCUAAAAUUGCAAAAACCUCACAAGUGAAUUUAAAUAAGAAGGAUUUACUGUAUCUGUAAUUUUAUUCUUCCCGGUUCCAAACCCCUUCCUUUAUAAAACUGAAAAUGUUUUCAUUUGAAUGUGUAUUUGCCAGACAAUGGAAGCAAUACAGAGAAUCUCCUAAAGUACUAGAAAUAGAAUUACAUUAAGUCAAUCAACAUACACAAUAGCAAGUAUUAUGCAUGCUGUUUCAAGAGAUUCUUCCAUUUUUUUGUGAGCUAAAGAGGGAAAUUAAUAAAAGCCUAUUAUAAGAGAUAGAGUAGAUUACUGAGAUUUCACAUAAUUUCGUUGAAGAAGCUUGAUAAUUUUUAUCCACUGUAAUGUAGCCACUGACAAAUCUGAAAGCUGAAUAUUUCAUAGCAGCUGGCUUAUAUUUCAUUAUAUUCAAAAUGUAUCUUUGGUGUUGUGACUCUGUUUACUUCCUCUUUCUGCCCAAGGAAUGUAGCUGUAAUGUCAAGCACAUACAUGCUCUGGGAUAUCUCCAAUAAAGCUUUUAAUUAUUUGAUAGAAAAAUGCACAAAGAACAGUGGUCAUUUUCUUCUGGCAAAAAUGAUAUAGUCACUAUUUUGAAAAUAUUAUUUGUUACUUCUUUUAAAAGCUUGAUGCUGAACAAGCUGGCCGCCUAUAUAUUUCUAAGGGUCUGAUGAGCAUCUAGACACUCAACACAGAAUACAUUCAAUGCAGUGCUUCUGGUCUCCUUCUAUGUGCAUAUUAACAGAGCUGUUAAUCCAGAGUUCCUAAUUUCCCAGUUGGGAUAAGGUGCCUCACCAGACACGAUUAGGAUCCAUCUGAAGCUGUACUUGAAGAGGAAGAGAUAAGUCAGCUUUUAUUAAGAAGUAUCACAUCAGGUCAAUAACCAGAAAAUAUAAUUAACGCAAAGUCACAGAAUAGAAAAAGCAAAAUGCUGAACAUCUGAGGUAAAGCAAUCAAGAGGGCAUGAAAUGACCUCUGACAGAGAGCUGAGGAGGACUCAUUCAAAAGCAAACACUAUUAAGGGAAAAUCAGUUUCUCCGAAUCAAGAAACACUAUGUGAUCAAACCUGUGUCUCGUUCCACACCCUGAUAAUUAUUCCCCAACCUGCUCAGUGUGCAGUUCACUUCUAUUCAUUUCAUCACUCCAUAAAUCAAAAGUGUAAUCCCAUUUUUACAAUUUUUUACUUUAACCUCAGUUCCUUAUUUAAAUAAUUCUUGGGAAAAAGUAAUACUAACUCAUUGGCUUGCUACAGGGUUGGCUUGCUAUGAUAAAAUUUCUGAGCCCCCACCCAAAUUAGUAGAAUUUAAUUUCAAAAGCAAACAAAUUGAAGAAUAUAAUUUAGCUGUCUAAGAUGUAUCUGGAUAAAAUUACUGGUUCAAAAAUUCAGACAUAACAAGCGGUGGAUAAAGGUGAGAUAAUAAUAAAAUCAAUAGAAUUAGUAAAUAUUCUUUAUUGUCUAAGAUUUACAUGCUUGAAUGGGUGUUGAUACUCCCAGCUAUGCACUUCGGAAAUGAUAUACAUUUCAGAAAAUCGCUGCCAGUGCUCAAAGCUCUGGGAGGCUUUCAGAAUUUCUUUAAAAGCCUGAGGCACAAUUUUGAAUAUUCGCAAUGAAGGCAUUUGUCUUUUAAUACUCUAUUCUGUGACAUUUUAUCUUUAUAUAGCUUUUUAUGAUCUACAAAGAUCUCUGAAAUGAGAUAAAGUAUCUUAUUUGACAUUCCACACCCCGAAAAGAUGAGCCUGAUGUUUAGUCAAAUAAAAACAAUGGCACUGAUAUUUUUUAAAAAUGGCUCCAAAUUUACAGCUGAAGAGUUUUCCAUAAAAAUACUGAAGAAGGUUUUGAGCAAUACUAAAAGUGUUAGAAUGUGCGUCUACUUUCCUUGAUGGUGUAAUGGAUGAUGCCUAAGGAAAUGAAUAUAUUUAAAUGCAUCACUAAUAUCCUUAUAAACCUACUUUAUAAUGGAGUAAUUUAAGCAAAGUCAUUUUUUUGAAUCCUGAGGGUUUUUUUUAUAUAUGUUAAGUAAUGACAAAACUUAACUCAGGUGCUUGUUCUGUAGCUCAAAAGGUGAGCACACAGUUAGCAUGCAUGAGGCCCUAGGCUAAAUACCCAGGGAAAAAACAAAGCAAAACACCUUAGCCCCAUGUUUUGCAUAGACGGAGACGGUUUAGUUGACUUUUCUUCUGUACUGACACCAUGAUCACUGCACUUAUGCACGCCACAUUUAAAUUUCCCAACAAUAUUAUCACUUUCAUUUUAUCAGUGAGGAAGCUGAGGCUUAGGAAUAUUGCCUGAUGUCAUACACCUAAUCACAGCACAGUCAGAUUGAUGAGGACAAAGCUUGUCAGUACACUAUUCAUAUAGAUAUCCCGUUUGUAGAACAGUAGAAAAGAACCACCGGAUAGCAUAAAAAUCACUCAGAAUUAUUAUAGUCUCAAGGCUAGGGGUUAACAAGUACAAUAAAUGAUAUAACUUUACUUACAUAGUUGUCAAACUGAAUUAAACUGUGAAAACAUAAUGAAAAAGAAAACUGUAAAUAUGUACUGUUUUUCAGUAAGAGUUACUACUCUCCCAUAGAUGCAAAUCUCAUGCAGAGAAAUCAGCUACCAAAAAAGAGAAAGAAAACAUAACUUUUAUAACUUUCAUGGACUCAAGAAGUUACUUUUGGUUUUUAUGUAUGAUGAGCAUAAAAUAAUUCCAGGACUAUGUAACACAGGAUGGCAUUAAAAAUAAAAAAAAGAAGAACAACAGAAGAAAGAAAGAAAUGUGCCAAAAUAUUAUUUUUUAAAUUCUGACGUUGCCUUUUUAUCCCUUAUUUAUUUAGGAGCAUAUUGUGAAUGAAAUAAUGUAAUAGUGGUUUUUUUCUCAUUAAAGGGUAGAAGUUAGUGAGCAUUUUCCCAAACACUCAUAUUUUCUGAAGUGUUAAUGAUGCUUUGAAAAAUUCUCAGCUUAUUGCUAAUAGUUUUUCAAUCACUUAAUAUAUUGUUUCUAUCACUAGAACUCCUCAAGUACAAUAAAAGUAUAUUUCUUCUUUAGUGAAAGAAUUCAGCCUAGACUUCUGCUUUCCUGUUGGAAAUUCACUGAGCAAGCUAUGAAGUCAGUAAUUCCUUGGGUUACCAAUUUUGGAAUCAUACAAUUACAUUGGUUGAAUGAAAAUUCAAUAAUAAUAAUAAUGAUGAUGAUGAUUAAUGUUGUGAGGUUUGAC